UUCAGACUGUAUAAAUAACUCCUGCCUGGGGUCCCCAGGCUCAGAGAAACAGCCUCCAGACCUGACAACACUGGGAUCCCAAAGAACUAUCAAUCACCCCAAAACCCAGACUCUGCGCAGACCUGACACCGACCUGUGCACACUCAACUGGGAAAAGCAAGGACAGGGGGAAGCAGUGAGAGAGAUAAAAGAGAUUAAGUAGAGGCUACGCUUCACUGGCACCAAGGCAGUGCUUCAUCAGUCUGUCUCUCAUUUCACUCAGGAGGGAAAGAGGAAGGAACAGAUUAGUGACGGUGCUGCAGAGGGCAGAAGAUCAGAAGGAAGACACAGUAAAGAAGUGAGGUGAGAAAUCAGAAAAGGGAGCAUCCGUGAGGAAAGGAAAAGAGAAAAACAGCUUCUCUGUGCCCCAGACUUCUAUGAUCUACUUGAAAAUGUGGUCCCUGGCUGUAGUUUGGAUCUCCAGCCUGCUUGUAAGUGCCCAGGCUCAGGGCACUGCCAGCCUCUGGAAAGGGAAUGACCGCAGCGGCCGCUGCCAGUACAGCUUUACCGUGGACAGCCCAAAAGAAGCCAGCUGUCCCUCAGCAAGCACUGGAACAGAGAUGGAAGCCCUGAAAGCACGUCUGGGACUGCUAGAGGUGCUGGUAGCCCGCCUGGCAGGAGGAGAGGCACCAGGAACUGUGGCUGGUGCAGGACUUCAGGAAGCCCACAGUCAGGCCAUGAGGGACAAGGCUCAGCUACAGCGGGAGAAGACCCAGUUGCAGCGGGAGAAGGACCGGCUGGCCCAGCAAGUGGAGGACCUACAAAAGAGAGUGGCAGAGCUUCAGAAGGAGGCAGAGAGGUUGAGGAGCAGACCCUGCCCACAGGCGCCUCCUCCCAGUGUGCCACAGCAUGACAGUGGUCUCCGGCCUGGAGCUGGCCCUUCUCUCUCUCAUCUGGCGUCCAGACCAGGCAGGACACAAGGAGACACAAGCAGCCUUAGAGACCCCUCUUGGCACUAUGGAGGUCCAGCAUACCAGGAGCUAAAGGCUGAAGUGGCUGAGGUUCCUGCCCCAAGCCCAGAGAACCCUGAGGAUAAUACAGGCUGUGGUGAGCUGCUGUCUGUGGGAGAGCCGGUGUCUCAUCGUAAGGCAGACAGCAUUGCCGGUAAGUACGGUGUGUGGAUGCAGGACCCAGAGCCUGAGGCACCAUACGGGCCAGGAAUGCUGUGGCGCGUCGACACAGUAGGCUCAGAGGUGCGACAGCUCUUCGGCUAUGAAGACAUGCAGCAGCUGUCUCGUGGCUUCCCCACCAAGGUUCUGCUUCUGCCCGAGGCCAUGGAGAGCACAGGGGCCGCCAUGUACCGCGGCUCUCUCUACUACCAGCGCCGUCGCAGCCGCACCCUCAUACGCUACGACCUGGCCUCGGAGAGCGUGGCUGCCCGCAGAGAUCUGCCCCACGCCGGCUUCCACGGCCAGUUCCCCUACUCCUGGGGCGGCUACACGGACAUCGACUUCGCCGUGGACGAGGAGGGGCUGUGGGUCAUCUACAGCACCAACAAGGCCAAGGGCGCCAUCGUGCUCUCCCAGUUGGACCCACACAGUCUCGAAGUUUUGAGGAGCUGGGAGACCAACAUCCGCAAGACCACAGUGGCCAACGCCUUCAUGAUCUGCGGGAGGCUUUACACCGUGGCCAGCUACACCUCUCCCAACACCACAGUCAACUACAGCUUCGACACGAGCACCAGCCAGAGCAAAGCCAUGACCGUGCCGUUCAAGAACCGCUACCGCUACAACAGCAUGGUCGACUACAACCUGGUCCAAAGAAAGCUCUUCGCCUGGGAUAACUACCACAUUGUGUCGUACGACGUGCGGCUUGGCAAGCAACAGUAAAGCGCUACACAGUAGAGGUGGUUGCAGAACCAUCAUUAUUAUAAGAGGGGUUAACAGGUUGGAGACUGCACAAACAUGUCUUGCUGGCAUUGGGAUUGUUCAUAAUACUACACUUCUACGCAAUCAUGGAUGUAAACAUUCUAUAGCUUUAAUAAAGGUUUUUCUUAAAUCAAACACACAUAAAUGCCAGCAAGGUCAAAUAAUUGUUUUCCUAAUACAUCAUGAAGUUAAAAAGCCAAGUGGAAUAAACUUCAGGGAAACCCCAGGCUCACCUCACUCUAUUUGUAAUGCAAAUCAGGCUUUGAAAAGCAGACGCCCCAAUCCAGAUUUGGUGUCUUCUAUUGCCAAGCCAAAAAUGCACCCGCUGAAAUAUACAGAUAACCAGUCAUAUAAAGCUGCUCUGGUCUUCCAAAACCUGUUACGUUGUUUGCUAUUAAAUGUUCAAUAAUGCAGUUUGUGUUUGUGGUAAAAGCGCUCAUCAUGCAGUGCCACUCCCAAAAGCCAUUUGGUUUAACUGGGAUUUUGUGUGUGUGUUUUUUUUUUUCUUCCAAAGAGAUUAUUUUUCUACCUUUGCUUGUAUGCCACAUCUUGUGCAUUCUGUGUACAGCACUGACACGAAGGCAAGAACAGCCAGUUUAUUAACAUUAAACUAUAGUACACUUUUCCAGAUAACUCACAGCUUUGAAAACAUUUCUGAUCUGCGAACACAGCAUGGUACUGAGUUAAUAGUAUUCAUUAAGUUAUAUUCAAGUUUAAAUUCAUAAACACAGAAUAAAGAUUUCUUUUUUAUAUCAAACAA